AUUACACUGAACAACAACAACAACACCACCAACACCAUCACCAACAAAAACAACAGCAGCAGCAACAACAACAGUAACAACAACAAAAACAGGCAAACAUUGAUGGGCGAGAGCAACAAUGACGGCUCCGACAUCAUUAUUACUAUUGGGUUGUGUGCAAUGGCGAAAAAGGCAAUGUCGAAGCCCAUGAAGGAAAUCUUGCGCCGGAUGGAUAAGUUCCAGCAUAUACGUUUAAUAAUUUUCGAAGAGCAUGUGAUACUCAACGAGCCCAUUGAAUCGUGGCCCAUAUGCGAUGCCCUCGUCAGUUUCUAUUCUGAGGGUUUUCCACUGGAAAAAGCCAUUGCUUAUUCGAAUUUGCGUAAACCAUAUCUUGUCAACGACCUGGAAUCACAGUAUAUCUUGAUGGACAGACGAUUGGUGUACGAGUGUUUGAAGCGUGAAGGCGUUCCAGUUCCUCGAUAUGCUUGUGUCUCCAGGAGGCCAGGUAGCCCCCCAGUUAACGUUGUAGAGAGCGACGAUUCCAUCGAAAUUGAGGGGCAAAUCUUCCAUAAACCAUUUGUGGAAAAACCGCUCAGUGCUGAGGAUCACAACGUAUACAUUUAUUUCCCCAGUUCGGCUGGGGGUGGUAGCCAAAGGUUGUUCCGCAAAGUGGGUAAUCUGAGCAGCAAAUACUUCUCUCACAGCAACAUUCGCACAAAUGGAUCUUACAUGUACGAGGAGUUCAUGCCAACGGAUGGCACGGAUGUCAAGGUUUACACAGUUGCAGAUGAUUACGCUCAUGCAGAGGCUCGGAAGUCACCUGCCCUGGAUGGCAAGGUGGAGCGAGAUCAUGAGGGUAAGGAAGUUCGGUAUCCCGUAAUUCUGACGCCUCGCGAGAAAAUUAUCGCCAAGAAAGUGGCUAAGGCAGUUCAGCAACAGAUUUGCGGCUUCGACCUUUUGAGAGCCAAUGGAAUGUCUUAUGUAUGCGACGUAAAUGGGUUCUCCUUCGUCAAAUCGUCCAGAAAGUACUACGAUGACUGUAGUCACAUUUUGGGCGUACUUAUUACCCGAAAAAUUGCUCCGCGUCUCUGUGUUCCUGCCCACUUGCCACCGGGGACCGAUGUGGACACACCGUGGGUCCCGACGACUUGCGGGACUAUCAUGGAGUUACGUUGUGUCAUUGCUGUGAUCCGUCACGGUGAUCGAACUCCGAAGCAAAAAAUGAAGAUGGAGGUCAGACAUGAGAAGUUUUUUUGUCUGUUUUCCAAGUAUGCUGGAGAAUAUACGCAUGAACUGAAGUUGAAGCGGCCCACCCAGCUUCAAGAGGUGCUUGAUAUUGUGCGCUUCAUUCUGGAAGAGCUGGAAUCAUCCGACAACGUGGAUCCACAGUUAAAGAAGAAUAGACCAAAAUUUGAGCAAUUGAAGUUAGUUACUUACUGCAAUUAUUGA